CAAAACAAGAACUACUUUACAUUUGACCAAUUUGACAUCCGUCAUUCACAAUCACAAUGGAAGAAGUGGAUGUUCUAAGUUCUUUCAGUAGCAAUCACCAUUCACCAGGCCGAACAUGCAGGGAUAAGUUUGGCUUACUCAAAAGGCACCAUGGAUUUCUUCUGUCUUCUUUCAAGCUUCUCAAAAUUAGAAGCAUUCUUUAAUUUGGUGUGCUGUUUUGGUAGAAAUGGAUGGUUCCAGGAGGUUUUGGACGGAGAAUUGCCAGGCUGCUACUUCUUUACCUGUCCAGAAGUUAAAAAGAUGAGAGCUGCACAUUUCCGGUCGCUGGAAUGGUACUUAUAAAAUUAGGUCUACCAAACAGACAACAUAAUCAGCUACCUUAUCAGUUUCAACACCUUAUCAGUUUCAGUGAGCAAAAACAUGGCAAGUGCGAGUGGUCUAUCGAGUUUAGGAGAACAUGAUUCAUUUGAGGUGACUGUGGAUAGGAUAAGUUGUCUUCCAUGGCAUGUCCUAAACAUUAUUCUUGGGAAGUUGUCAAUUGUUGAUGCUGUCAGGACGAGUAUUUUGUCAAAGGAUUGGCAAUACAAAUGGCUUUCCCUAUCCAAGUUAAACAUAGAUUCUCGUGUUAUUGGUCGUGAGCUUAAUAAUGAGGAUCUUCGGUGGGAUAUAGUUUCUAAUAUUAUUAACAGAUUCUUUCUUAAUCACUCUUCCGCAAUCAAAGAAGUUUCCCUGAAAACUUUUUGUAGCGAACACUAUUCUGAUUUAUAUCAGUGGAUUCGAUAUCUGUCAGAACAAGAUGUGGAGAUAAUGUCGGUUGAAGAGUUCAGCAAUGAGCGGUUUGUGAUACCCUCAUUUUUUUUCACAUUUAAGAAGCUGCAGUUUUUGUUCCUCAAAAGUUGUGCUAUACAGAUUCCAUCACAUUUUCAAAGAUUUAAGUUGCUGCGCACACUCUUCCUCGUAGAUAUUUCAAUUACUGAUGAUGAUCUUCAUCACUUACUUGUUGGGAGCCCUCUCCUGGUGAAGUUAGUAUUGUUGCGGAUAUCUGGAUUAAAGCAUCUGAGAAUCAGUUUUCCAAGACUGGCUGCGUUACAAAUAGACAUCGGGAUGGAGGACAUUGUUAUUGGAGCUUCUGCGCAUCUGUCUGUAGUUAGUAUUCUAAAAUCUUCUGAUAAUGAAAAGAUUAUUCACUGGCCGAGUGUUAUUCGUUGCUUAUCUAGUCUGGAUGCCCUUGGAACGUUGGUUUUGUGCGGAGAUUUUAUCAAGAUCUUAGCAGCUAAUUAUGGACUUGAAAAUCUUCCCUUGAGGAAUAACUCUCUGUGGUUUCUGACCCUAUUUGACGUAAGAUUUGAAAGUAUUGAAGUGUUCAAGGUUUUCCUUUCUCUGCUAAGUUCCUGCCCGAACAUCAGUCAUUUCCAAUUUGUUGUUAAAGCAGCCAAAGGUCCGAAGCUAAUCACGAGAUUCUUAAGGGAAAAUAAAGGACGAUUCUCCUUUCCUAAGCUCAAGUCAGUUGUAGUUACAUGUCAUUCUGGCGUUGGUAUGGGAUGUACUAUCAACUUCAUUGAAUUUCUUGGCGCUCAUUCCCCAAACCUCACUUACUUAAGAAUUGGAAAAGGAGGGGACCCUGAGUCUCAGAUGAAUACCACUCGCCUUACCAACAUGCUCUCACGGUUGAGGAAACUUUGCCCUCAUGCUUUGGUUUUAUAUACUAGGUAAUAGCCUAUCAACACAGGGGAAAUCAAAUCAACUAAUGUUUAUGAUCGAGCAAUUGCUGUCGCAAGCUAUCUGGUAACUAGAAAAACUCUUGUUUUCAAUAAAUUUUAUCUUGAUUAACUCUGAAUUAAGUCAAGUUAUUAAUUUUUAGUAUUUUUUUUUUAGUAAAGGUGAACUUAGAAAGUUAAAUAAUUAUCCCCGGCGGGAAGACAAUCAUGUUAUUAGUGAUGUUGCACAUUAAAUAUGGAAUGAGUUUGUCUUGGUAGUUAUUGAUG